GCGGUAAUAAACACUCUAGACUUUGCCAUUGCAUGAAGUUUCCUUGCAUCUCUCACGCUCCUUCUCGUCCAGUCAUUCCUUUCAGCAUACCCGCACAUAAUUCAGAAUGGCAAGAACGAAACAAGCCACUCCCCUUCGCCGAGAGCCUUCGUCCGAGUACACCAGUAAAGCAGACCAGAAUGGGACACCAACGAGGAGCUCACGAAAUUUGGACAAGGAGACAGAUAGGACUGGACGACGGGGUUCCGUUUCACUUGCAGCUGAGAGCGUGAUUGAAGCUCUUGCGCCAGAGGCAAAGAAGGAAGCUGGCGCAUUGCAGUUCUUGGUGGCAGUUGGUGGCAUUUACGGGUCGUUCCUCACUUGGGCACUCCUUCAAGAACGCCUUACUACAACUCCGUAUGGCAAUGCGAGCUCCCCCGAACUCUUCAAGUUCCCCGUCUUCCUCAAUACCGUUCAAUCGCUUUGCGCAGCUUUAAUAGGCUAUUUGUACCUUCGCUGGGAUACCAAAGGCUCGAAUACAGCUCCGAUAAUACCAAAUCGCCGAAUUCUGGUGCCUUUAUUCCUCGUGGCUGUCACCUCAUCGCUAGCAUCUCCCUUUGGCUAUGCAUCUCUCGCCCAUAUCGACUAUAUAACCUUCAUUCUUGCUAAGUCCUGCAAGCUUCUUCCCGUUAUGUUCUUGCACAUAACUCUGUUUCAAAAACGAUACCCACUGUACAAAUACCUUGUCGUUCUCGCCGUCACAUCAGGCGUUGCAGUCUUUACCCUCCAUGCUGGCUCCGCAAAAGCUCAUUCCAAGCCCUCAAAAGCAGCCAUCAACCCAGACAGAAACAGUGCAUGGGGUCUCCUACUUCUGGGUAUUAACUUACUGUUUGAUGGCCUCACGAACACCACACAGGAUCACAUCUUCCAGACCUACCAGCCGUACAAAGGGCCUCAAAUGAUGUGUGCAAACAACAUCAUCAGCACGAUCCUCACAUUCUCAUAUCUCGCUCUCUCGCCGUACGUAGUACACACAGGUAUUGGCGAGUAUCUAGGUAUGGAUCUCGCAUCAGGAGGAGGCGGCGAGUUCGCAGCAGCACUGGGAUUUAUGGCCAGACACCCAAGGGUCUGGUACGACGUUCUCGGCUUCGCCAUGUGCGGAGCCAUCGGCCAGGUCUUCAUCUUCUACACACUCUCAACCUUCUCCUCCCUGCUCCUAGUUACCAUAACCGUCACCCGCAAAAUGCUCACCAUGAUCCUCUCUGUAAUCUGGUUCGGGCACCACCUCGGAAGCAGGCAGUGGAUGGGCGUAGCGCUCGUUUUCGGCGGGAUAGGCGCUGAAGGAAUCAUCACUCGCCGCGAAAAAGCUGCAAAAGGGAAAGCUAAGCUGGCUGGGAAGAAAGAACUCUAAACUCUCCCACCCAGCACUUGCUACUUAGACAUCAAGAGUUUUGCAUAUAUUUGGCGCAGGAGGAGUAUUUGAAUUUCAAGACUAAAAGGAGUUCGUUGCUGGGUCUACGUUUUGAUAGAAAAUAGAAGCACAUGAGUUUCGGUCAAACAUUUUAACGUUUUUUAUUUUCCUUGAAUUCUUUCCAUUCUGGAUGCCGUCUUUUGUCCGCG